GCCUAUACGAGAUGUAACUGUUGGAUGACGCGUGGAAGAGAGAGGUUGACAGAUGGAACGCGUCGGUGAGAGCGGGAGAUUGGCAGGGAAGAGAGAGAGCGGCUGGCUGGAGUGAUUGGCGUGUUGUUGUUACCAGGCAACAGAAACAAACAAGGCAGGCAAUUGGCGCGUGGAAAGAGACGUUCUCCAGCUGGCUCUUGCUUCUUCCUCCUCAGUCUCCGCAUCUGCGUCCUUCUGGCUCUUCAGCCUGUGCCGCUCCCUCAACCCUCACGCUCUUUGCACUAGACAUAAUCAAGUUUUAGUUCCUUACCUGCUCAAAGCUACUAUAUAGAGAUGCGCUUGUCGACUCUGAUUGGAGGCUCGUUCCUCUCCCUCGCUCUUCCUUUCAUGGCAGCCUCUCAGCCCGCUCAUGGCAAUGCUCAUGCCCGUCGUCACAACGAAAUCGCUCAACGUGCCCGAGGUGAUGUCAGUAGCCACUUGUACAAGCGAUUCAGUGGCAUUCGUUUCACAUUCUAUGAUGUCGGAUUGGGUGCUUGUGGUAAAUGGAAUCAGCCUGAUGACUUCAUCGUCGCUUUGAGUGCCAUCAACUGGGGCGACGGAUACCCGGGUCCUCAAUGCUUCAAGUCGAUCACCAUUUCGUACGGGGGCAAGACUGCACAAGCCACCAUCAUGGAUGAGUGUAUGGGUUGCCCUGAUCACGGUCUCGACUUUUCUCGUGGACUGUUCAACCACUUCGCUUCUGAAGACGCGGGUGUCAUCACCGGUGAAUGGUGGUUCAACGACGGCAGCGGAGGUGGUGAAGCUCCUCCUCCUCCCAAGACUACUACCUCUCCUCCCCCUCCUCCCCCUACCACCACUAAGCAUACUCCCAAGCCGACCCCGAGUUCUACCCCGCCACCUCCACCCCCUCCGGAGACAACCAGCACGUUCAGCUCUUCUUGGAGCGAGCCUCCUCCUCCCCCUCCAACCACUUCAAGCACCCCUUCCACGUCAAGCACCCCUACCAGUACUUCUCACUCGACUUCGAGCUCGUCCAGCAGCGUCAAACCCAGCUCGACGAGCUCAUCCGUCAUUCCUACCCCUACCCCGACGGGCCCUAACAACCUUAGCGUUAUCAACCAAGCCGUCAUCGGUUUGGGUGCUUUGGCUGUAGCUGGCGGUGUCGCAGCUGCAAACUAAACGACUUAUUUGUUUGCGCAUCAGAGGGUGUGUGUGUGUGAUGCUAAUUCCUUUGCAGGUUUGUUUAUUCCAGGCAGAAUCCGGGUUCGAGAAAGAGAGAAAGUUUCUAGCUCUUUAUUGCGCAGUCUAGCUCCCCAUCAGUAUACCCCCUUAGUUGUUGUUGUUUCUUACCACAUUCUCCUCUUUUUCUUUUUCUUUCCCUUUCCCACCACGGCCCACUGGUUUGUCGCUUUGCUUCCCCAUCCUACACAUGAGUUUGUGGAUCUUGCAUACCAUAUCUAUUGUGCCCGUAAAUUAGCAGAGCCUCUAUAAGUCUGUUGUUGUGGAUUGACUCCUUCACGAUUGGUGCGUCUCCUUGUGUAGUUCAGGUAGCUACUAUCAGCACGUCGUGUAUCGUCCCAGGCCUCAGUAGAACUUGAUCAGUGGUCUGUUC